CCAUUUAUCAUAUAAUGUUUUGCAGACGAUUAUUGAUGGAGUCUCUUCUUCUUCUUCUCUUGGUGGUAAUAACAUCGCUCCAUGAAAGUAGCUACGCAGAGAAUACGAGACCUGUUGUGUGUUCUUCUUCAUCAUGUGGUACUAUCUCUAAUAUAAAAUCUCCUUUCCGACUCACCACUGAUCCAUUGAGCUGUGGAGACUUAAGGUACAAUCUUUCUUGUGAGAACAACAUUACAGUCUUAAACUUGCCUAUUCAACAUGGAUACACAAAUAAAUUUAAUUAUCAAAGAUACUACGUACUGGAAAUCAACUAUAACAACUAUACGAUUCGAGUUGUUGAUCCCAAUUUUCACAAACUUCAUCAAAACUAUUCAUCCUUCUUCACCAACAUUACUUUGUCCUCUGGAGAUUUCAGAUUAUAUGAUAGUUAUGAAGCACGAUUUGCUUUGGACACAAGAACAUAUAGUAUUUUUCAUGAAAAGUACCGAAAAGUUGCGAAAACUCUAGUGUUGGUUAACUGUGAAAGAGUAGUGAAGAAUUCUUCUUACAUUGAUGCAACUCCUUGCAUAUUAAAGAGUAAUAAUAGCAGUUUUAUUUGGUCUUAUUAUCUAUUGGAUAUUGCUGAAAUGAGUCCUUCUGAGUUGGAGGAGUCCUGUUGGGUACAACAAGUGAGUCUCGUAGAUGAAACAAGCUUUCAAGGAUCCAAACCUUCUUGUUAUGUCAUCAACAAGCAGCUAGCUCUAGGGUUUCAGCUUUCAUGGAUCCAAAGCUUUGACAAAACAGAAGGGAUUCGACAAAUUUGUCGCCUCAACGAAAAGUCCAACAAAGUUAGCUGUAGUUAUUAUUUUUCUACAUGCAUAUUUAGAGAAACGUUCAGACCAAAUGAAAGAAAUCAAAAGUGUGACUCGUCCGAAAUAUUUUUGAGCAAUGUUAUGUUUUGCACAAAAUAUUACUUAUGCGAUAUAGGAAGGAACAUAUAUAUUGGUAAGGUUACAUUUCAUUCAGAUAUAGUUUUCAUAUUUAUUACUUAUUGUUUUAUAAGUGCUGCCCCAUAA